GUGCCGAGCCGAGCCGCGGCUGCGCUGUGCCGCACACGUGGGUGCGCCGGCGCCGAGCGGGCGCUGAGCCAUGGGGAAGAGCCGGGCGCGGCGGUUCCGCAGGCCCCCCCCGGCCCCCAGCGGCCCGGAGCAGGCCGGCCCCGAGGAAGAGUCGGCGGCGGAGCUGCUGGAGAAGCUACAACAUCCGAGUGCUGAAGUGAGAGAGUAUGCCUGUGCCAGUAUUUCCAAGUUGCUGCAGCAGAAACACGUAAUCCCAGCCUUUUUGCAGAGAGAUGUUGUCCGGUGUUUAGGACCGAUGCUGCUGGAUCACAGUUUAGCUGUUCGCGAGACAGCUGCGGGCGCUCUCCGAAAUCUGAGUGCUUGCGGAGGGUUUGAAGUCUGUGAUGACAUGGUGACAAAAGACGUCAUGACUCCUCUUGUUGCACUUCUGAAAGAGUGUAGCACUGGACUAGAUGCUAACCAGCUCUCUCCAAAGAAAUGCAGAGAGAUGAACAAAAAUUACAUCGAAGACAUAGCCAAUGAGGCUAUUAACUUGCUGUGGAACGUAUGUGAAUGCAACAAUACAGCAGUGUCCAUAUUCAAUAAGGAAGGGUGUUUGGAGGCUGUGUUACAUUACAUGAAGAAAUUUUCCACAAAUGUGGACCUGGCUAUUUCAGUAGCAAACUGCUUACAGGCAGUGACGGAAGAUAAUCCAGAUCUUCUUUCUUCAUUCAAUGCUUCUGCACAGCAAGUAUUGGAAACUGUGAUGUUGUGUCCAGAGACCACAAUGAAGCAUGUACUUCUGAGAACACUGAUAGCAGGCACCAUCUGGAAUAUCAAGGACACAAUUCCACCAGGCAGCCUGGGAAGCAUGGUUAAUGCAAUCCUGAAGAUUUUUUCAGAAUCAUUAGCAAUAGAUGCUGGUGAAACAAUUAUUCGUAUGAAUGAAGCUGAAAAAAACAGGUUAAAGCUUGCUGCAGAGGCAGAAACUGAGGAAAACAUGAGUGAUGUUAUAGACAACUGUGCUGUAAGUGAAGAUGAUGACAUGGAAGAAAUACCAAAAGGAAAAGUCAGACGAGAACAUGACAUUUCAGACCUACUUCCAUCUGAUAAAUGGGAACUGAAAGAAGUGACAGCCUUACUGAUGGCUCAGCAGACUGCUUUGGAAAUCAUUGUUAAUAUGUGCUGCAGUGAAGAUCCCUCCGAUGACGAAUGGGAAGAACUGUCCAGCAGUGAUGAAAGUGAUCUGUUUAUGGAAAAUUCUUACAAUGAGGGCAGUGGGCUGCUGAUGUCACCCCUAUGCCUCUCUGAUGAGGUUCACUCAGCAUUUCUGAACAACCUUAUUCCAAAGAAGAUUCUUGAAAAAACUGCUUUUCCGAACAGUGUUGCUCUAGACAUCUGUAUGCACAAUCCGUCUUGGAAACCAUUAAUUAAAAAACUGAACACAGUGCAGUGUAGAGCUUUAACAUGUCUUCAUAGCAUUUUAUUAGUGUCAGAUGUGGAUUGCCUUGGAGGAGCUUCAGCACUUCAGUCACUUGCACAGCACCUUUCACAGCUGGUCUUUUCUAAAACAGAACUCCCUGAAGACGCAGAAUUCCUGGAAGCCAUAACCAGUGCUUUGAGGGCUCUCUUACAAACAAUGGCAUCAAAGAACAUCUCCCAGUGUAUGACUCCUGAUCAGCUACUGGCUUUAUGUGAAGCUGGUAUUCACAGCAGCAAUGCCAGCGUUAGAGUGAAUGUAGUGAGCAUCCUUGGAAUUUCUGGCAGUGUCCUGGCAAAAUUACAAGAUACAGCUGAAACACUAAAGAUGAUUGGAAAAUUUCUUCUUGAGGUUGCUAUGAAGGAAUCUUCUCUUGUAGUAGCAGGAGAAGCCUUGGAUGCGCUUUUUGAUGUAUUUGCAGAUGGUAAAGAAGCAGAAAAAGCAGCGGUACAGAUGAAGUUGCUCCCAGCACUGAAAGAAUUUCAGCCAGUGUUCAAAUUGAGGAUGCGAAAAGAAGGCAAAGAACAAUGUAGUACGGAUCAGCUUUGUGUUCUUGACAAUGUGAAGAUGAAUUUGAGAAGAUUCAUUGCAUAUCAGGAGACGCUAGGCAAAAACCCAACUUGAAACAUCGAGGAACUUUAAACUAAGGUUUCCUUAUUGCAAAAUGUUUUCCAAAAAUAUAGCCAUUUUGAACUUCUAAAAUGUAUUGAGCAGAACAGUUUGUGCUUUCAUGUUCAUAUUAGAUUUUUAAACGUUCAGUAUUUUAUACUCCUGGGUUGAUGCAAUAUGUAAGUAACGUCAGCAUAAAAAUGCAUAGCAUACCUUGAGAUUAAGUGUUAGCAGUGAUAAUAAUGUGCUUUUGCAGUCGUGAGAUCUGUAAAUAGCACCACUGUCAUUGUUUAGAAACUGUCAUGUAUCCUGGUGGACAAGUACAAUUGCAUUAAAACGUAAUUUAAAGAAUAUUGUCAGAUAUGCCCUAGAUCAAGGUGGGGGGAACAGGACACUGAAGUUAUUUUGAGGGAAUUGAGCAGUGGCAGGAUGUUCCUAUUUGCCAUUUGCUCUUAACUGUUUCUAGAAUUGCACAGGCACUUAUGGCAAGAUUCAUUAGAAAAGUGUGUGACAGCGUAUAGAUUACUAUCAGCACUUGGAUCUGUUGCUUCUUAAGGUUUAUCAAAGAGGAAACUGUUUGCUUCAUUUAUGAUAAAUUUGGUAUGAUAGCUUUUCACUCUUGAAAUCAGUCUAAGAGGAUGCUAUUCUUAAACAGUUCCAUAUUUUUAAUUUGAUUAGUAUUUCAGAAAAUCAAGUCUCCCGAUGUACCUUCUUCCUUGUAAUUCUACAUCAGGAUGAAUUUGAAUUCAGGGAAGUAGUAAACAUAAUAAAAAUAUUUUGUUAUACUGAGGUAUUAUCUGAAGUAAUUUUAUAACUGCUGAAAAUCUUUUUAAAAUAUUUGUGAUAGAGAUUUUUAAGCUGUAAAAUACAGAAACUAUUUUCAAAAAUGUCACUGAUUCAUGAAGAGACUGUAUGUGCACUCCCAUAUAUCCAACGUUUUGGUUUUGUAUCUGCCAACAAGAUACUCAUAUACUUCAGGGAUUUUUAUUUUUACUCUUUUAGGAAAAUGCUUUUUUUAUGCUGGUUUUUGAAAUGGGACACCCCUCCUCCCUCCGUUAAGAUAGGCAUCUAGUUUUUGGCAAGAUUCUGCUCGUGGUGUUAGGCAUGGAACGGCAAAGACCAAAUUUACUCAGUUUGUUAGAUAUCAGUCUGUUAGUUUGGAAAGUAGGCUUUGGAACUGGCCAGAAACCUUGCAAAUGGCUGAAUUAAAAAAAAUCUGACAUACUGUGUUUUGCAAAGUGCAAGCAAGAGGGAGUGAAAACUGAGUUUUAAGCGGCUCCACAACGUGAAAGUCCUGUUACUGCUAGUACUUUUCAGAAGUUUGAUUAAGUGUGUGAUAUGAUGCCUGCUAAUCAAGUGUGCAAGUGAGUGUGCACAAUUGGGAAGGCUCCAGGGCGAUUGGGCCUGGCUCUCAAAAGUCCGGGAGAAGUCCUGAGGAGAUGGAGCUGUUGAAAAAGUUACCCUGUCAUUCAGCAAGGGCAGCCAGUGACAAGGGCUGGGAUGUAACAGCUGAGGGAAGAAUAGUGAGGUGGAUUAGGGCAUAAGACUACACCUUGUGGAUUUUAAUCCCAAUGUUAAUAAUAUUUGCUGUUCGCUGAGGUUAGUAUAAUAUUAGCCUGAUUUAAAAAAAAAAAAAAAAAGGGGGGGGGGGGCAUUAAUACUAGUUUGAAGCAUUUAAAAAGACUUCUAUGGAGAAACUGAGCACAAUACUCCAGGUGUGAUCUCAUAAAUGCUGAAUAGAGGGAAGUAGUAGGUUCUCUUGACCAUGCUCCUGCCAGUGCAGUCCAGUAUUUGAUAGCGUUUGUUCCCUGUGAGGGUGUUCCCUGUGAGGGUACACUGCUGACUUCUCUUCAACUUGUUGUCCACCAGGACCCUGAGGUCCUUCUCUGGAACACUGCUCUCUGGUUGUUCAGUCAAGAGCCUGAUCUGUUUCAUGGGAUUGUUCUGUCGCAGGUGUCAGGGCUUCACAUUUUGCAUCAAGAGGUCAGAAUCUGGUUUCCGGGGGCCAUUAGCACAAUUAAGGGGGUGGGGGUGGUGAUCUCUUAAGGUACAAAUAUGAAAGUUGCAGAUAAACGCAGCAACUGGAAAGCCUGCUGUUUUAAUAUCAUCUGUCAGACCCUAUUUUUCUCCUUCAAAUGAAAGUAAAGACUGUCGUUUAGAUAUUAAGCUCUCCUAGUAGUAGGAAUUCAUGGUUUUUUUGUUGUUUUUGUUUUUGCUAUGCACUAAUCAGUUAAGUACCUUAGAAAAUCUUGUUUGUUUGUUUGUUUGCCAUUAUAAAAUAGAUUCAUAGUAUAAACCAUAUCACUUGUAGAAGUAUAUGAUUUAGUGCUUUGAUUUAGGGCUUGAAGUAUUUCCUUCUGUCUUCUGGUAUAUAUGCCAUUUCUAAGCUAAUAGCUGGAAGAGUAAUGAGGACAUAAAAAAAAAAAAAGCAUUUUAGUUUCUUGUGAGUUUAUACUAAAACUAAUAUAGAAAAGCUAAAAUAAUCCCUUCACCUCAGUUUCAUCUGAGCAGGUUGAAGCACUUCAGUGGGCCUAUUUGGCUGAGGGUAUGGAAAAACUAGCAGGCUGCCUGUUCUGCCUACAGCUCUUCAGAUACGUUUGGGUUGAUAGAAGGAGAAGCUGUAGCUCUUAAGAGGGUUUUCUGUUUUGUUAGCUCAUCAUUAAUUAAUGAAACUUUUAUAGGUGAUUUCUGAACAUCCUGUGUUGUAUAGUCUUAUCAAAGUCUAUUGCCCUUCUCAGUGGUCCAUAGCAAAAUGGAGCCAUCAUAUUCCUUUGGGGUUUCUGUGGUAUUACGGUUAUUAAAAAUUAGCCAACUGCAUAUUUUGAUAUUUUGACAUGCACGCUUUUGUUUCUUUUUUAAAUGAAGAAAAUCUCACUAUAUCUAUCACCUGCUAGCUACUAACUUGGUGUAACUUGCUCUUAGUCUCUAAUGGGUGGCUUGUGAGUGAACAUGAGAUAGUAAUUUUGUAUGCUAAUGUAGAUGGCCUGUUCUACGUGUAAGGGAUGAGAUAGAAGAGAAUAGGAAAAGUAUGGAGGACAACGAAAUAGCAAGUUACCUGUGAUGGGAAGAAGUGUCAGAUCGCGGCCUAAAACGAGAAGAGAUAUACAAGUACAGAAAAACUAAGCUAUAUGAUUUGGGCUAUAAAAAUUGUUCUAACACAGCUGAGGAAUAUUGAGGCAACAGAAAAGAUGAUGUGGCAUAAGUUAACUGCUUGGUGGGCUCUUUUGGCACUGAUUUAUUUAAGUAGUUUUAGGGUAAGCGUGAGAUGAAGAUAAGCUCCUUGACAGCCUAUAAAGACAAAGCCAGCUCUUUGAGACACUUUGAAUAUGGAAGAUACUGGUCUGAUCUAGACAGUGCGCAGCAUAAGUAAACAGAUGCUAAAUAGACGAAAGUGAUCUUCAUCAGUUCAUGUAAUCACACAGAUAAAACUGGUAUCAAAACAGGCAUCUUAAGCUGAAUUUGUUUGUUUAUCCUGGUCCCUAAAGCAUCAUCUGUCUGUGCUUCAAUUUAAAAACUGCGGUCAUUUGAAAGUAUGGACUGCUGCUUUGUCUCCCUGUCUGACACCUAGCACAACAGAAUCUGCCUCUGGAGUGAGACUUCGUGCCUUAAUAAGUGCUGAAUUAGGUUAGUCUAUGGUGUUAAGUAUGAUUGGAAAGGAAGAGGGGCUGUCUGCUUCCCUUGCUGUUCGGAAGCAGUGGGACAGGUGGCACUCGCUGCUGGUUUGGCCUCUUUGCAGUCUGCAAAAAGUUGAAUCUCCAUCUGUGUAGAUCAGGAGUUAUCUUUGCUAUGUGGUUUUAUUUUUACCCUCUAUGCAAAGAAACAAGAUAAGAUUUAAAUAAGCAUUUGUUGUGAAGUACUUCUUAUACGUCAUGCCUUGGCAUUCAGAUGUUCUGCGUUGACGGUAUUUUUUUUGCAUUAUGUUUUAUUUUAAAGAUCCUCUCUGUAGGGGAACAAGAGUAAGUUUAGCCAGUACUAUUUGGCUUGGUUUUACAUUUGUAUUUUGAGUGAGGGAAAAAAAAUAAUCAGAGCACAGUAAAAUUAUAAAAUGAAAACUGUAAUCUGAGAACAAAUUAAUUUGAAAUCACUUUAUAGUUUAAGUAUAAUAAAUGAAACACAUAUCUUGUGGAAUAUUAACAUACAACAACCAACCAAAAAUGCUUAGAAACUGAAGUUCUGUUUCCUUAAUGAGUAAUUUUCAGUAAAAGCAUUCCCAGAGGAUUGGAAAGAAACAUCUAGCCUUACAUUUACUGUUGCAAAUUCAAAUUCAGGCAAUGGUAAUUGUAAUUGAAAAUAAUAUAAUGGUUCUUUUCUGGCGCAGAUGAAUUGAGCAAACGAUCUAAAUACAGUUGCACUGGACAUGCUGUUAAGAUAUGUAACGCUAAGAUAAUUGGCAGAAACUAAAAACUCUGACAGUCACAGCAGAUUAAGGAACUUGAAGUUUAUCCACAAGGGCUGAAACAUGGUGGGCCUUUCUGUUUGAAGAAGCUUUUACCGAGCAAUGUGGAGUUUUUUGUCUAUCCUCCAAAUAAAUUCAAACUGUUUAACUUUUGUACUUUCCAGGAAAAACAGCAUGUAUUUAAAUCAUUUCACUCUAACUUCAUUUUGUUUCUGUAUUAUUUUCCUAAGCUCCUCGCUUCUGUGAGAGGCAGUAUGUCAGACAUAAUUCAGUGACCACAUAAAAACAUAGUUUGAGAAUUGUACGCAAAAGAUAUGGUAAGAUGUUUGUCUUUUUUCUGCCAAAUCUGGGUGUCCUUGUAUUACUGCUAUAUUAAGGACUUAAAUCAAAAUGCCUGUGAGCUGGAAUAAGGUAUCAUCGCAAUAAUCUGUGUGCUGUUAGAACUAUUGUGGCUGCUGUGUGGUCGUCUUGACAUGCAGGAGGGUCUUAAUGCAGCCCUGGCACUGCAAGGUGCUGUGAGUCAUGGUCAUGUAAAUGCCUUUACCACUUCAAGAUGCAUUGGGAUUUCAGUAUACAUUCUCCAGGCUUUGUGUUCCUUUUUUUAACAAAAAUCUCGGCUGGGAUUCUUUGUUUUCUUUCCCUUCUGACGUGAAUUUUUUGAACUUUUAAGGAAAAUUGCAUUGGCCUUUUCCCUCCCCCCCACUGCUUGUUAGAGAGUGAAGGGCACUUCCAGAAUUUAACUGAAGAAUGGCUGACUCAGCUAGAAAAUGCAUGAUGUUUCUAAAUAGCCUUUUCUGAGGAAUUGUCUCUCUUUAGUAAGUUGAAGUUCAAAGUCAUGACUAAAAAAUCAUGUUGACCAUAUUCAAGUAUGGUAUUCUUUUUUGCCUUCUUUUUUCUAAUAUCCCCUCAGCUUACCCUCUUAUCUAACGUAGCUGUAGUAUCACACAGUUUAAGACCAGAUUUUUUUUUGUUACUGUUAUCUCCGUAAGGAUAACAUGAAUUAGUCUUUUGUUCCCCUUCUUCUGUGGUGUUUAAAAAAGAAAGUUGAUGACUCAAAGUUUUGCAGUUUAUGUAUCUUUGUAAAAGGAACAUAAGACUAAUAACUUUUGAUAUUCUUCAGUUAUUCUGGCAGUUAUAAGCAUGUGCAUUUUGGAAAGUAGUUAUUCAGGACAGUUCUCCCACUUAGGAGCUUUUACUCCUGUGCCCAAGACCCACCAGUUUCCACUUGGCUUUGGAUGGUAGUUUCAGGUGACUUUCAGAGCAAUUAAUCAAAUCUACCACAUCAAAGACAGAAUUUCUCCCAACAGAUUCUCACUGUAGUUGAGUUUUUCUUCAACCAUACCUCUCGGAUACCUUAGGUCAAAACCUUCUCCUCGUCCUGCUCUUAGAUGUUGGGGGACGGUAACCGUAACUUUACUCUGUGUCUGUCAGUGGGAAAUGCUGCUAACACUUCUUUGCAAACUUUCUACGCUAUGGGAUACUUGGAAUUGAAAUGCAUCUUGUUAAUCGCAAAGCAUCUCCAUGCUCCAUCUACCUAAAGAGAAAUCCUGUCCCACACAGUGCUGAAACUACGAAAAGAGAAGCAGCAGGACAUCCAUGCGGGAAACUUACUAGCUGAUCUGAUAUAAAAGAUGGUUUAGGGCUGUAGUAUGGAAAUACUAAAAAUAAAGUUGACUCUGACCACAA